AUGGAUAAACGGCAGAGUGCUCCGAUGAAGGCUGAUGAAGCAAGCUCGUCUUCGGAUAGUCAAGAGUUGAAGUCUAGUAACGUUGUUGAUAGUAAUGGUGUUGGUGGUGAUGCUGCCCCAAGUUCCAAUGUUGACUUUUCAGGUAGUGGAGGAGGGAGUUUUUCUAGAGUGAAUACAAUGCCUCCAAAAAAUUUGGGUUCUGAUAUAUUAGAGCCAGUUCCAAGUGAAUUCAACUUGGAAAGAUCGAGAACUGAGAAGCAGAGACCUAAUGUUGUACUUGCUAAAGAUGCUGCACAAAUUUUUGAUGAAAAAAUUACUGACCAGCAAAAGCUCAAAUUGUUGAAGAGAAUAGCUACUGUCAAACAUGAUGGAACUGUAGAAUUUGAAGUUUCGGGAGAUAUUAGGCCUCAAACUGUAAGAACUGGUCAUGAUAAUGUACAUAGUGAACUUGAUGAAGAACCUCUUGAUACAACAGAGCUUCAACAUAUUCCUCCAUUGCAAAUUGUAAUCCUUAUUGUUGGAACUCGCGGGGAUGUACAACCAUUUCUUGCAAUUGGCAAACGACUACAGGAUUACGGGCAUCGUGUUAGACUGGCGACUCAUUCAAAUUUCAAAGAGUUUGUCUUGACUUCUGGGUUGGAAUUCUAUCCUCUUGGUGGUGAUCCAAAAGUUCUUGCCGAAUACAUGGUUAAAAAUAAGGGCUUUUUGCCUUCAAGUCCUUCAGAAAUACCCAUACAAAGAAAUCAAAUGAAGGAAAUAAUAAAUUCUCUACUUCCAGCUUGCAGAGAGCCGGACAAUGAUUCUGGGAUUCCUUUCAAAGCCGAUGCAAUCAUUGCUAAUCCCCCAGCAUAUGGGCAUACACAUGUUGCAGAGGCAUUGAAAGUACCAAUUCAUAUAUUUUUCACUAUGCCGUGGACGCCGACUAGUGAAUUUCCUCAUCCGUUGUCACGUGUAAAGCAAUCAACUGGAUAUAGACUAUCGUAUCAGAUUGUUGACUCAAUGAUUUGGCUAGGAAUACGGGACAUGAUAAACGAUCUCAGGAAAAAGAAGCUGAGGCUACGUCCUGUCUCGUAUUUGAGUGGUUCACAAGUGUCGGAGUCAGAUAUUCCACAUGGAUACAUUUGGAGUCCUCAUCUUGUUCCUAAACCAAAAGAUUGGGGAAAUAAGGUUGAUGUGGUUGGAUUUUGCUUCCUUGAUCUUGCAACAAAUUAUGAACCUCCCGAGUCACUUACAAACUGGCUUAAAGCUGGUCCAAAGCCUAUCUAUAUUGGGUUUGGCAGUCUCCCUGUUCAAGACCCCGAGAAAAUGACACAAACAAUUGUUCAAGCUUUAGAAAUAACUAAGCAGAGAGGGAUCAUCAACAAAGGCUGGGGUGGACUUGGCAACUUGGAAGAACCAAAGGACUUUGUAUAUCUGCUGGAUAACUGCCCUCAUGAUUGGCUUUUCUUGCAGUGUGCUGCUGUGGUCCACCAUGGUGGUGCAGGAACAACAGCUGCUGGUCUUAAGGCCGCGUGCCCAACAACAAUCGUCCCUUUUUUUGGUGACCAACCUUUUUGGGGAGAAAGAGUCCAUGCAAGAGGUGUAGGUCCUCGACCAAUACCAGUUGAUGAAUUUUCGCUUCAGAAGUUGGUUGAUGCAAUUAGAUUCAUGCUGGAUCCCAAGGUCAAGGAGCGUGCAGUUGAACUUGCAAAGGCAAUGGAAAAUGAAGACGGGAUUAAUGGAGCCGUGAAAGCAUUCUUUAAGCAUCUUCGUUGCAGAAAACUUGAGCCUCAGCCAGAACCUGCACCAUCAAGUUUAUUCUCUAUACGUGGAUGCUUUGGCUGUUCCCAAAAUUUUGAGUGA